AUGUUCAAGAAACGAACAAGACCUACCGCAGUGCGUGAGAAGUCUCGUGUAGAAGAAGGAGCGGGGAUAGACGAAGGUGGAGAAGCUAGUGGAUCUGGUGCUCCAGCUGAAGGAGAAGAGGAUGAGACAGGACGAACGAUAGAAGAUUUAGUACUACUGCGGAAAUUGAGGAAAUCGCAAGCUCAGCUAGGUAUUGAUUUAGUGAAGUUGAAUAGAGGAGAAGAGAAGAAAGGGAAGAACAAAAAGAAGGAGUUGGACGCUUCUGAAAAGUUCGGGUUACAAGCUGGACAAGGAAGAGGAGGUGGGGAUGAUAAAGACGAUGAACUAGAUGAUGAGAAAGAGAAAGCAAAGCGAUUAGUACGGACAAAUAACUUUACUCAACAGACUAAUGCUCUGGACGUUGACAAACACAUGAUGGCAUACAUCGAGUCUGAAUUAGCGAAGAAAAGAGGGGAGACUGGUGCAACCGACGAAUCGAAGAAGAAAGAAGCUUUUGAUCCUCAAGCUGAAUUAUACGAAAUAGCAGAAAGGUAUAAAUUGAUACAAAGCGAUUUUGAAAGUAAAAAGGCUAAGAAAGAAGAUGAUGAGGGCAAUGUCACAAAUUCAUUGGGGAUGUUGACUAGUAUUCCGGAAGUCGAUCUAGGAAUGGACAACCGUCUGCGUAAUAUCGAACUGACCGAAAAGGCUAAACGAGAGAUGUUGGAACAUCGUAAACAAGCGGCUUUAGAUGCUGCUGAAAGGGAAAGACAGAAAGAUGACUAUGCAGCUGCGAGAUUUUUCCGGCCCAAUCAGAGAGUGGCUUCUGAUAUUUACGCUAUACAAGAGGCCAAAAGAGCAGGAGCUGGUCUAGCACCUAGGACGGAAAAUGCAACUGAUGAAGCAGUGUAUGAAAGAUUCAAGAAGAGGUCGGUAGUUCUUGCUUGCUGUGUCCAUGUUUUGUGGAAUUGA